AUGGCUAGAAAGCAGAAAUUGACGACAGUUCAACGUAAAGAUCAGCGUCAGAAGGAGGAGGCGUAUUUGAAAGAGUUGCAAAAUAAAAUCGAGGAGUAUGAUCCAAAGGUUAGCAAGGCUAAGUUCUUUAAGGAUCUGCCGCUGAGUUCUGCCACUGUUAAAGGUUUGAAUGAGGCUUCGUUCGUGAAGGUCACUGAGAUCCAGAGAGAUUCCAUUCCUAUCUCCUUGAAAGGCCAUGAUAUAUUGGGUGCUGCGAAGACUGGGUCCGGUAAGACUCUGGCUUUCUUGAUCCCUGUGCUGGAGAAACUGUACCGUGAAAAGUGGUCUGAAUUCGAUGGUCUAGGGGCUUUGAUUAUUUCACCAACAAGAGAACUGGCAAUGCAGACGUACGAAGUUCUGACUAAAAUUGGUACACAUACUUCUUUUUCUGCUGGUUUGGUUAUCGGUGGUAAAGAUGUGAAGUUCGAAUCGGCAAGAAUAUCAAAGAUCAAUAUCUUGAUUGGGACCCCAGGCAGAAUUUUACAGCAUAUGGACCAAGCUGUUGGUUUGAGUACAUCGAACUUACAAAUGCUGGUAUUGGAUGAGGCUGAUAGAUGUUUGGAUAUGGGUUUCCAAAAGACACUCGAUGCAAUCGUUAGCAAUUUGCCACCUACAAGACAAACCCUGUUGUUCUCAGCCACGCAAUCCCAAUCCCUAACUGAUCUGGCAAGAUUAUCGUUAACUGACUACAAAACUGUCGGCACACAAGAGGUUAUAAAUGAGAAAAAUGGCACUGCGGCAAGUACUCCAGAAACGUUGCAACAAUCCUACAUCACUGUCGAAUUACCAGACAAAUUGGAUAUUUUAUUUAGUUUCAUUAAAUCUCAUUUGAAGUCGAAAAUGAUUGUAUUUUUAUCAAGUUCAAAACAAGUCCAUUUCGUUUACGAGACGUUUAGAAAAAUGCAACCUGGUAUUUCUUUGAUGCAUUUGCAUGGUAGACAAAAGCAAAGAGCAAGAACUGAAACAUUAGAUAAGUUUAGCAGAGCACAACAAGUUUGUUUGUUUGCUACUGAUGUCGUUGCAAGAGGCAUUGAUUUCCCAUCUGUGGAUUGGGUUGUUCAAUUAGAUUGUCCUGAGGAUGUUGACACGUACAUCCACAGAGUAGGUAGAUCUGCCCGUUAUGGUAAACAAGGUAAGUCUUUGAUCAUGCUUACUCCUCAAGAACAAGAUGCUUUCUUGAAGAGACUGCAAAUGAGAAAGAUAGAACCAAGCAAAUUAAACAUUAAACAAUCAAAGAAGAGAUCAAUUAAGGCUCAAUUGCAAUCGUUACUUUUUAUAGACCCCGAAUUGAAGUACCUGGGACAAAAAGCAUUUAUUUCCUAUAUUCGUUCCAUAUACAUCCAAAAGGAUAAAGAAGUUUUCAAAUUCGAUGAAAUUCCAACUGAAGAGUUUGCAGCCUCUUUAGGAUUACCUGGUGCUCCAAAGAUUAAGAUGAAGGGUAUGAAGUCUGUACAGCAAUCAAAACUGUUGAAAAAUGCUUCCAGAUCCUUAUUAUCAUUGUCGAAGACCAAUGAUGACGGUGAAAUAGAGAAGAAAGAUAAACAAGACGGAGUUAGAACGAAAUACGAUAAGAUGUUUGAACGUAAGAAUCAAACAGUGUUAAGUGAACAUUAUUUGAAUAUCACUAAAUCACAAGCUAAUGAAGACGAAGAUGAUGACUUCAUGACCAUAAAGCGUACAGACCAUGACUUGAAGGAGGAGGAACUACCAGAAUUAUUAUUGCAUUCUUCAAAGAGAGGACAAAAGAGAGCUUUGUCAAAGAAGGCUUCAUUAUCCACAAAGGGCAAUGCUACCAAAGUUAUAUUCGAUGAUGAUGGUGAGGCCCAUCCUGUUUAUGAACUACAAGGUGAGGAAGAUUUUGAAAAGGCUGGUAGUGCUGAAACUCAAAAACAAGAGUUUAUUGAUAAAGAACAAAAGAUAUUGAAGGAAGUGGAUAUAGAAGAUAAACAAGUAGCUAAAGAAAAGAAACAGGAAAAGAAGAGAAAAAGACUAGAAAACAUGAAGAAAGAAAUGGAAGCCGCAUAUGAUGAAGAAUUUGGUAGUGAUGAAGAAGAGCCAGUUGCAUAUCUAGGCACAGGCAACUUAAGUGAUGAUAUGGGCAACGACUAUAGCUCUGCGGAGGAAGGAGAGCCAGAAAGAAAGAAGUCUCGAUACAGCAAAAACAAUGACGAUUCAAGUGAUGAAGACGAUAAUAUUAACAACAACGGCGUUAUUGAAAUAGAGGAACCUGAAACACUAGAAGAUUUAGAGUCGUUGACAGCAAGGUUGAUCGACUAA